AUGAGCAGAUCUGUUACGAAGAAACUGCUUCUGUUGCUAAACGAAUGCUGGAUGCUUGACCAAAAGAGCAUCUCCCAGGCUUCGGAGAAGAUGGUAGAAGGCGUGAACGGAAACAACACUACUAUUUUACUGCCGCCCAUGAAAACGCCUGUGCCCAAGGCCCCCAAGAAAGGAAUGCGAAUCCCACCAACGACAUUAAGGUUGAUCACAGCAGCUAGUUCAGGGCGAAUUUUCUUACCGCUAAACAUCAAUGGUACCCACUGGACGUAUAUCGUAGUGGAUGGAUCUACACAGACUGUGUGCUGCUACGAUAGCACGGACAAACGUGCAAACCACAACUUGCUUGCACAACUGGCGGACGAGAUCGUUAAGAAAAGCCUUACGAAGGCUUUUAGUGUCACGGUCGUGCACGGUCCUAUCCAAAAGGACGGCUUUAACUGCGGCGUUUUCAUCUGUCUGUACUUCUGGCGCCGCUUCUGGAAGGGAGCAGGUAGCGAUUACACGGAGGAGGGAUUGUUGCGUCGUCGGUGGGAUAUUCUGCGUAUCAUCAUGGAGUUCAGCGAUGAAAGCAAAGACGAAGAGAAGGUAACCGAGUAG